GAUUACGCAGAGAAACUAUUAUGUUUGUUCUUGAGACUUUUCGAUAGGAUAUGACAAAGUUACAGGAGAAGGAAUACGAGGAUGACUUCAACAGAAUUGUUGAAUUUAGAGAUCAAAUGCUUAUCAUCGCUUCCAAAUCGCGAAAUGCUACCACCUUGAAUCGCUAUAAUAAACUUGUAGAUGAUAAGUUGAUAUUUCAAAAUUGGCUAAAUUUGGAAAAUUUGGAAGGUCCAGAUCUGCCCAAGCCAAACAGUGUCAAAGACAAUAGUUAUGAACCUACUAACGCUAUAGAUGUCUUAGAUACUGUAGACACUAUAGACACUGUUGGUAAUGCAGAUACUAUAGAUGCAGCUACUAAAGGCAACACCACUUUAAAUAUUGUGGAAUCAGUUGAAAACACAGAAAAGAAUUCAUUUCAAAAAGAGGCUAAUACUAAUAUAUAUAAUCAUGCAGAGGCUUCGAAUAUUCAAAGUAUUCCUGUAAUCCAGCUGCAAAAGUCAUUUCAAAAUCAGAAUCAGAAUCAGAAUCAAAAUCAAAAUCAAAAUCAAAAUCAGAUUUCUUUUUUUUCUCACUUUCAAAAUCACAAUCAAAGCCAAAAUCAAAAUUAUUACUCCAACAUUCCAUUUGUACCUAAAACCAAUAAAUCCUCUUUGAAUGUUGAUUCUCUUAUGCCUUCCAAUAAUUUUUUCAACACCGAUAAUUUUUCACUGAUAAAAUCUAGCAAUUCUGGUUAUUUACCACCUUCUAGCCAUCAAAUUAAUCACUUCAAUCAUUUAAAACAGAUAAAUCAGGUCAAACAAGUGAAUCAAGUGAAUCAAGUGAAUCAAGUGAAUAAAAACUAUGGGCUUUUUCAAAAUUAUAAUCAACUUCUCACUUUUCCAUUUAUAUCAUCAAAAAUAAAUAAAAAAAAAAAAAAAAAAAAGAAAGUCAAAAAUUUACAACAAACAGACAAUAAUUCAAUUGAUUUGCAAUCAAGUUUGUUGCAAAAUCCCAAUUUUUUUUUUGAUAUUAAUACCAAUCCUCAAAUUUCUUUGAACGAUCAAAUCUUUUUAAAUCAACAAAACCAGAAUCAAAAUCAAUUUCAAUUUCAAGAACAAAACCAUAAUCAAAAUCAAAAUCAUAACCAAAAUCAUAAUCAAUUUAAUAAUCCCAUUAAUCUAUAUAACGUAUAUAACACUAAUGGUAGUAUAAAUCAAAAACAAUCAACUACCAAAUUUGAUGAUCAUUUUGAUCUAGAUUAUUGACUGUUAUUUAUUUGAUUUCAUUUAUUUUUUUAUAUACUCUUUUAAUUUGUGUUUUUCAUCUUUACG